UCUUCGUAGAGAUUACUAAUCAGACGAGGUGAGGGCGGAGAAAUCGUGAAGGGAGGAGAAAGAUGGAGGAAAGGAAGGAAGACGACGACGGCGGCGAUAUGUUCAUCGUCGGGAGAUCCAGCAAUCAUAAUCUCCAACGAAAAGUGCAGUCCUACAGCCAGCCGCUGGGCCGAGAUGCGACUCCCGCCGGCGCUGCCUCGAAGCACAUCGUAAACCGUAAGCAUAGUCUCGACGAAUUAAUCAAUCCCUUCUACGCGGAUCCGUCCGCCAUCGAUCUUGUAUCGGCCGUCUCAUUGGACGGAAGCAACGCUGGACGAUCCCACUCGUACCCUCAUUACCAAGGCUUUCCUUUGUCUUCCUCCCACCACAAACAGUCCAACUCCGAGGAGGACAUUCGCUUCCAACACUCUCACCUUCCCCCGCCUCUUCCUCCCAUUUACCGUUCAAUCGGCGGAUCCCUCGGCAGUGCCGUCCCCUACCAGUUCGACCGCCGGUGCGGAAGCUCUGGGAGCUCCCUUUCCGAAAGCGACGGAACCCUCACCCUUGAGCGCGCCAUGUCGGAAUUCGGUGGGGCACCGGGGACACUGCCCGAGUUCAUGGGAAACGGCGGUGGUACCGGGAUUUUCCGCGUGCCGUUCCGCGCUGCGGUGCACCCCGGUCGGCCUCCGGUGCUUGAGCUUCGUCCGCGUCCACUCCGGGAAACCCAGGCAGGCUCCUUUCUCCGAACAAUGGUUUGCACCGGUACGCAGCUCUGGGCGGGCCAGGAAACUGGAUUGCGUUUCUGGAACCUCUCCGAUGUAUACGAAGUUUGGAAUGGUAGGCUGGCGAAGAGAGGGGACGAGGCGAGCGCUCCAUUUUACGAAUCCGGCCGUACUUCGCCUGUGAUUUGCUUGGUGGCUGAUGCGGCGAGUGGGUUUGUGUGGAGUGGACACAAGGAUGGGAGGAUUAGAUCAUGGUUAAUUCCAAAGCAGGGAUCGGAGAGUUUUUCAGGGGAAGGUGGUGAGGAGGAUAAAAUAAUUCCGGAGAACAGCAUUGCUGCAGGAUCUUGUGAUCCUGAAUCGCUUUUUAGAGAAGGUCUCUCAUGGCAGGCGCACCGUACCCCUGUGCUCUCUAUGAUUAUCACUUCGUAUGGUGAUAUUUGGACUGGUUCUGAAGGCGGGGUGUUGAAAGCUUGGCCUUGGGAAUCUAUUGAAAAGUCCCUUUUUCUAACAAUUGAAGAACGACAUAUGGCUGCGUUGCUAGUUGAGAGGUCAUAUGUUGACCUUAGGAGUCAAGUCACGGUAAAUGGGGUUUGCUCCCUUCCUGCGGUUGAUAUCAAGUAUCUUUUAUCUGAUAAUUCUAGGUCUAAAGUGUGGAGUGCAGGAAGCCUAACCUUCGCAUUAUGGGAUUCUCGGAAAAGGGAACUUUUAAAAGUAUUCAAUAUUGAUGGUCAGGUUGAGAAUCGGGUUGAUGUAGCACAAUCACAGGAGAUACAUGUGGAAGAUGAGAUGAAGGUGAAGUUAACUAAGAAGGAAAAAUCUGGAUCUAUGAGCUUUUUCCAGCGUUCGCGAAAUGCCUUGAUAGGAGCUGCUGAUGCAGUUCGUAGAGUUGCACAAAAAGGAACAUUUGGAGAAGAUCGAAAGACAGAAGCAUUAAUGAUAGCAAUGGAUGGUAUGAUUUGGACUGGAUGUUCAAAUGGCUCGCUUUUGCAGUGGGAUGGAAAUGGGAAUAGACUACAUGAAAUCCAGCAUCAUUCUUCUGCUGUCAAGUCCAUGUGUGCCUUUGGGACACGUUUGUGGGUGGGCUAUAUCAAUGGUACUGUUCAAAUAAUGGAUCUUGAAGGAAAUUUACUUGGUGGAUGGCUUGCUCACAGUGGUCCUGUUAUAAAGAUGUUUGUUGGAGCAUCACAUCUUUUUACAUUAGCCAGCCAAGGAGGAAUUCGUGGAUGGAGUCUUACAUCACCUGGGCCCAUCGAUGAUAUCCUGCGUACAGAGCUGUCAAGUAAAGAACUCGCUUACACAAAAGUGGAAAAAAUUAAAAUUUUGGUAGGAACUUGGAAUGUUGGGCAAGAAAGGGCUUCUCAUGAUUCCCUUAUUUCAUGGCUUGCCAGUGUAGCAAAAGAAGUUGGAUUAGUUGUUGUUGGCCUUCAAGAAGUGGAGAUGGGUGCUGGUUUUCUUGCAAUGGCGGCGGCAAAAGAGACUGUGGGACUCGAGGGCAGCGCCAAUGGGCAAUGGUGGUUGGAUGCUAUUGGUAGGACCUUAGAUGAAGGUGCCUCUUUUGAACGUGUUGGCUCCAGGCAGUUAGCAGGAUUGCUUAUUGGUGCAUGGGCUAGGAAGAACCUUAGGCCAAAUGUUGGUGAUGUUGACGCUGCAGCUGUAGCAUGUGGAUUUGGUAGAGCAAUUGGCAACAAGGGUGCUGUUGGGUUAAGGAUGAGGGUCUUUGAUCGAGUUUUUUGCUUUGUGAAUUCUCAUUUUGCUGCUCACUUGGAAGCUGUCAGUAAGAGGAAUGCAGACUUUGAUCAUGUUUAUCGAACUUUGUCCUUCACUCGGCCAUCUGUUGGACCAAAUUCUGGAUCAGCUGGUGCUACAUCUGUUCAAGUGCACAGGGGAGGAAAUUCAACUGCCUCUAUAUCAGAUGAAAAACCAGAGUUGUCCGAUGCAGAUAUGAUUGUAUUUAUGGGUGAUUUCAAUUAUCGUCUCUUUGGCCUCUCUUAUGAUGAGGCAAGAGAUAUGGUCUCGCAAAGAUGUUUUGACUGGCUCAGGGAUAAGGAUCAACUUCGAGCAGAAAUGAAGGCAGGCAAAGUUUUUCAAGGAAUGCGGGAGGGUCAAAUAAAAUUUCCCCCCACGUACAAAUUUGAAAGGCACCAGCCUGGUCUGUCAGCAUAUGAUUCUAGUGAGAAAAAGCGCAUUCCUGCUUGGUGUGAUAGAAUACUAUAUCGUGACAAUCGUUCCAUCUCCGUGGCCGAAUGCUCAUUGGAAUGCCCUGUUGUUUCGUCAAUUUCACUUUACGAAGCUUGUAUGGAUGUUACAGACAGUGAUCAUAAACCUGUUAGAUGUAUUUUCAGCAGUGAAAUUGCACAUGUUGACAAAACAGCAAGAAGGCAAGAGUUUGGAGAAAUACUUGCAUCACAUAAAAAAAUUAAAACUUUGUUUAAAGAAUAUAGCAUUAUUCCAGAAACAGUUGUUAGCACAAGCAGUAUCAUCUUGCAAAACCAGAAUACUUCCAUUCUCCGUAUAACCAAUAAAAGUGACAAGCGCAAGGCUGGUUUUGAAAUCGUCUGCAGAGGCCAGUCUACGAUAAGGGAUGAGGGAAGUCCAUAUAAACUUUGCACAAAGGGUUCCUUUGGCUUUCCAAGCUGGUUACAGGUCCAACCUGCUACUGGGAUAAUCAAUGCCGGCCAGACGGUGGAAGUGACGAUCCACUACGAGGACUUCUGUACCCAAGAAGAAUUUGUUGAUGGGAUCCCCCAGAAUUGGUGGUGUGAAGACACAAGAGAUAAGGAGGUAUUGCUGCUAGUGAAAGUUACGGGCAGCUAUUCAACAGAGAGAAGAUUCCACCAUGUCCUUGUGCGCCAUUGCAAUCAAGGUAAGGCAUCAUUUAAUGAUUCUCAAGGGAGUUCCAGAAGAUUUGAGGAAAACCAUCUGCAGAAACCUGACCCUAAAACCUUAAACAAUUCUUCUGAUCAAUCUGUCAACCUUUGCCAUAUGCGUUACCUAUGAAGAAGGAAAGCAAGGUGACGAUGAUGGAUUGGAUAUAUUCAUUUCUGUACAUAAGACAUUACUGGAGAAUCCCAAUUUUACACAGCUAGGGAAGCAGGAAAAAGAAAGAAUAGAAAUAAAGGAAAGGAAGCUGGAUAUAUUCGUUCUUCUUGAGUUCCGGAUUCAUUUUUGUUUUCAGAUGUCGACAAUGUUCUUUAGAUUUUUUUUCUUAUACUUAUAUUUUGAGGUAAAAGGAGAUAGCCUCAUGUUAUGUAUUCUGCUGCUGCUUUCAUCAUGUUCUCUGUUCAGUAUUCAAUUUCCAAACAUGUUUAGAAUUUCUGGUCAUGUCAGAUGAACUUUGUUGUUACAAAGUAGUUCUUUGAACCGAAUAAUGACAAGAUGACUGAUUUGUUUCAAUUUUACUGAAUAAAACUUUUGACAAGUUUAA